AUACAAUAGCGUAACACUGAUUCAUUUCCCGCGAUUGUCAGGCGAAAGAUUUUUUCCGAACACGCGGGGUUUGGAGGAUAAAGAUAGGCAUCAUGCCGAAGAAACCUGCUAGAAAUGGGUUUUACUUUUUCAUGAAGGACAUCGAGCCAUCGCUUAGAAAAGAAGGACGUGUUUUUCCUAAUGGAAUCCAAGACGUUGUUCCCAUUGCACACCCUCGAUGGAAGGCUCUUACGGAUAAAGAGAGGGCAGUAUAUGAUCAAAGGGCUAAGGAAUAUAAAAAGCAAAUGAAAGGAGCUAGUGGUGAUUGCUACAGAAUGGACAACCAAGGAAAACUGCUCUCGGAACGUGUAGAUGUAGAAGCUGAGACUGAUCAGCUGAGACUAAAGCAGAGGAUGUCUGUCCGAGAAAAAUGGCCCGCUGGAGAAGAGGUUGCAAAUGAGGUGUUUUAUUUAAUCAACUUCCAAACACUGUGUAUGACUGAUGAUGGCCAUUAUUUGCCAGCAGAAAUCGGCGUAAUUGAAUACAGCAUCAAGCGAGGCAUAAGUAAAAAACUCCACAGAUUUAUAGAACCAGGAAGAAUUCCACUGGGAUAUAAAGGAGUUUGUAAAGAAAAAAGUGAGGAUUACCAUAAAAUUCCGAUGGAAAAUUUUGAGAAUGCCGAUUCCAAUUACAGAGGAUUAUGGAUCCAAUUAGAGAAUUUUGUAAAUCCUAAUGGAGAGAAACCCGAAUACCCUCCAUUUUAUUGUCUGGGUAAUGACAUCAAAGAAACGGCCUACUGUUUGGAAUGGAUUCAUGGGAGAGCCUGUCUAGGAAUCCCGAACCGACUGAAGAAAGUUUACGAAUUGGAGGGCAUGGUCACAGACCUUUAUCAACACUUAGGUCAUUCUGUAUCAAAGACAAGAGUUAUAGAAUUGCUCACUUCAAAUUCUUGGGAUUAUGAGCCAAAAACAAGAUGUGAUUACCAUGAAGAACUGGAAUGUAAAUACUGCUCACUGGGGAUUAUUCAAAGAUGUUCGUAUGCUAUCUCAGACAGUUUUUGUGGCCUGUUGAAGAUAGAACUGACCAACAGACAUCUCCCUGUCAGGACAGACAACCCAGUGGUAGCUCUUCCACCAUCUUCAAUGAAAGUGAAAGUACCAUCCCAGAAUCAGAGGUUUGAAAAGUCCCCAAUAAAACAGAGCAACAGUUACAGUGCACUAGCUAAGGUAAUAAUCAUUUGUAUUUCUGUGUAAGCCUUUAGACAUUCU